CAUAGAAUCUUACCUCAUAUAACUUGAUGUCAAGAAGGGUCGUUCCAGAAGACCAGUCAACUAGACAUAGUGCAUAGACUGUUGAAUCCCACCAUUCCGCCUCGUCAAGAAAGAUGGUCACUAAGACGCUAGUUAUUCUGGCCGUACUGGCCCUUACAAUGACACUUUUCGUGGAUGCUAAGUCAACGAAAGCAAGCAAGCAACAUAAGCAUGACAAAAAACAUCAUCACGAUGAGCCGAAGAAAGAGAAAUCGAUAGAAAAGGAAGUCGAAAAGAUCAAACAAGAAGAUAUGUACAGUCAACCCCCUCCCGUUGCUGCAGCAGCAGGAUCUGGAAGUGGAGAAGGAGGAUCUGGCGGUGGAUCAGGAUCAGGAGAAGGCCCACCGCCAACAAUAUGUGCUCCACCAUGUGUGAUGGGUCACCCUCAUCCUAUAUCAGUUAUUCUUGGUGGUUAUCCCCACCCAGGCCCUCCAUCCGCCGUAAACCCCUACCCAUUACCUAGAUAUUGUCCAGCUCCUUGCCCUACAGUAUGCGCUCCGGCUUGUGCGGACGAUUGCUGCUCGUUGAUUCCCCCAAUCCCACCAAAAAUGCCACCCCAACCUGGCAACCAGUGUGCCCAAUCGUGUGCACCAGCAUACACUCCUAGCUGUUGUGGUGCAGCCCCACCACCAGUACCAUACAUGCAGCAGCCAAUGCAGCAGCCAAUGCAGCAAUCUAUGGCAAUGAUGCCGCAGACGAUGCGAGGUUUAUGCAAUGUUCAAUGCCAGCCUACUAGUCCAAUGUGCACUUCUCCAACCGCUGCCUUUGCCUGCCCAAUGCAGUGUUGCAGAAGAAAUUUUAAGAAAAAAUCAGCUAUAGGCAAACAUCAUUAAAGCAUGUUUUGUUAUGAUUGUAAAUACAAACCAUGGUGUAGAAUUAAUAGAUUUAUAUGCACCUUGGAACAAAUUGUGAAAACAUUAUCCAUGUACAAGCUGAUUUUUUACAUAAAUAUUAUCUAUAGGUUGAUAUACUUUCAAAUUAGUAACUAAUAGGUAAAAGUAUAAAUAAUCAGUAAAUCAUUGUUUAUAGCAUGUUAGUCCUAUCUGUGGGAAUUGAAUUUUGGGUAAAUAAAUUAUAUUUGCAAUAUUGUGUCCUUAUAAA